GUGAUGUUUUUCUUCAGUUCUAUGUGUCUUCAGCUUUGUUAAAUGUCUGUCUUAAAAAAUUAAGAAAUAAAACAAGAACAACAACAAAAACCUUCCUUGGUCAUCAGCAGAGAUUUUUUUCCUCUCUAGGGCUUCCGUCAAUCACCUUUCCCUGCCUUUUACUUCUAAAGGAGGCAGGAUUAUCAGGAGUAACUGCUGCUCGGUUUACAUACAGUGGCCGUCCCUCUUGUACGUGUGUAUGUGCGUGUGUGUAUGUCUGCACUUGCAGUGCAGGUUGGACUGAUUUUCCGAAUUUCAAAACACGCUACUGAACUGACCAGGCUACAGCUGACCAGAAAUUCCUCUCAAAGGAAGUGCCUUUGGGAUUAAUGAAGACAGCACUACACUUUCCUGCUUCACUCCUCAAAACCCCAACGUGAGAACGUUUUUGCGCCCCGGACACUCUUUACCAUUUUGACAAGAUGAUAUUUAUGCGGUAUCAGAAGAAGUUGCUGCUCAUUAUCUUGAUUUUGUGCCUCCUGGGUGGGAUCUACCUACUGGAUUGGAAUAAUGAUCAGGAAAGAUCACAGGACAUCAGAAAAUACAGGGACUACCUUGGUUUUUGGAAUGAUAUGUGGUCUUUCAACCCUGUUCUCUUUAAUAAGGAAAAAAAAACAGAACAGAUAAAAGAUCAACUUACAAACAAUGGCACAAUAGUGGGUGUUCAUUCAAAGGAAGACAAAAUGCUAAAACAAACUACAAAUUCUCCAGUGAAGCCUAUUCAAUCAGAACAACUCUUCGACUUCUUUGGCGAUGAAUAUGCCGUCGAUGAAAGUAUACCACAAACUACCUGUCCCAGCAGCAUUCGGGAAAGGGUUUUUCAGACUGACUUUGCUGAGAUGUUCUUGCCUAGUGUGCCAGUCCUGCAGUGGGCGAAGCAUUACUCUGAGCAAGAAUAUGAACGGUUAUCCCACUACCGCGGCGCCCACGGAUGGGGUUCCGUCAGUGCUGAAGUUUUGAACGAAUCUUUGGCCAUCUUAAACACUUCUGCAAACCACCUGAUGUUUGAUGACUGGGAGAAAAGAAAGACCAAAUCUCAGUGUAUCCGCUGUGCUGUGGUUGGAAAUGCAGGAAUCCUGAAUGGGUCGAAGAAAGGCCAGGAGAUUGACCAGAACGACUAUGUGUUCAGGACAAAUGGUGCAAUUAUUAAAGGCUUUGAGGAGGACGUUGGCUCUCGUACCUCUUUUUAUACCUUCUCCACGAACACCUUUCGCAACUCUUUGAGAAGUUAUUCACGAGUAGGCUAUAAAUCUGCUCCACAGACUGCGGAGACCAGGUACAUUUUCCUGCCUGAUCAUGACCGGGACUAUAUUCUCAUGAGAGCUGCAUCCCUGCACAUACCAAUCCUAACAGGGAAAGACCGGAGUUCUAAGCCUCCCAGUUAUUUUGGAUCUAAUGUAACAGUAGAGAAGUUUAAAAUGUACCACCCCGACUUCAUCCGUUACAUCAGAAACAGGUUUCUGCAUUCACGCAGACUCAACAGCAGACAUAAAUACAUUUACAGGCCGUCUACAGGAGCCGUGAUGCUGCUGGCUGCUCUUCAUACCUGUGACGAGGUAAAUGCCUACGGAUUUAUGACACCAGACUUCAGGAAAUACUCAGACCACUAUUACGACAAAACGCCUCGCCGGGUGCGUUUCUUUGCCAACCAUGACCUGCGACUGGAGCUGAUUCUGUGGCAGAAGCUGCACAAGGCAGGACUGAUAAAGCUCUACCUGCGAACAUGACCCUGACUGUAAUGAGCUGAAUUAGACUUUAUGGAGUCUGAGCACUCACAGGACUUGAGGGUGUUGUAUGCUGUUGUGACAUUCUUGUGACAUUUUAGUGCCUCUGGAUUUCUCUCUGGAAAAUCUUGGAAUGAAGACAAGAAGGUGUUUUUUAUUUAUUUAUUUUUUAAUUUUUAUAUAUAUAUAAAUAUACUAUAUUAUAUAUAAUAUUAUAUAUAAAUAUUUAUAUAUUAUAAUAUACUUUGUAAGCCUUACAGCCCAUAAACGUGUUCAGGUACUGUGAUGGAUUUAAAGCUGGUUAAAGUGAACUUUUGACAAUGUUAAAAGGCUUUGGUUAAAAGGCUUUGGUUCUUGCUGAAAUUGCUGAAGAGGUGUCCCGUGUGUGAAGUGUGUGUAACGUGUGUGUUAGAUGAAGGAGCACUAUGCAAUUACGACUUGUAAUUCAGAACCUAAAGCUGUAGAAUCUAACUGAAGAUUCUUAUAUGAAGUUUAUACGACAUUAUUUAUAUAUUUCUUGAAAAAUUUUAAUACUUCCAUGCCAUUUGUUGUGUUUGUAUGUAACCUUUUCAAGACAGGGAAAGAUGCUGUGUGGAUGGCAGGGCUAUUAGGAAUACUUUUGCUUCUUCAAAUUAUUCAGAAAAAACAGUUCAUGAUGAUGUCUUGAAUGUAUUUCUAAGGUUCACCUGCAUCAACUUCUGCUUUUCUUGAACAAAAAAAAAAAGCAUUUAUUUGUAAAAUUAAAGGAUCUAGGCUUGUCAUGACUUCUGUUUCAUUUAUUU